UAGCUAUAGGUACCAAUAUGGCGGAGGCUUCCAUUGGGAGUUCAAGUCCAGUUGGCUCUUUGUCGUCAGAAGAUCAUGACUUUGACCCAACUGCAGAGAUGCUAGUUCAUGAGUACGAUGAUGAGAGGACUCUGGAGGAGGAAGAAUCUCUUGAAGGGGGAGGCAAUUUUAGUUCUGAGAUUGCAGAUUUGGAGAAGGAAGGCAACAUGCCUCUCGAGGAGCUGCUGGCCAUCUAUCGCUACGAGGCCUCAGCUGGUUCCAGUAUCGACAGCUCCUCUGGCGACCUCACGGACGAGCUGCCCGACAUGACUUUGGACAAGGAGGAAAUUGCGAAAGACUUGUUGUCUGGCGACUACGAGGAGGAGACCCAGUCGUCAGCAGAUGACCUCACCCCUUCUGUCACCUCCCACGAGGCCACCGAUUUCUUCCCCAGAACACUUCGAUCAAACGCCGUCUCUGAUGGGGAUAAAGAUUCUGAGUGUGAUGAUGAUGGUCCAAGUCCAGAAGACUCCAGAAAGGAAAUAAUGGUCGGCGCUGAGCACCAAGCGGAGGUUCCUUUGACCAUCUGCCACUACACCGAAGAUGAGAAAGUGUAUGAAGAUGAAGAUGAGCUCAUGUGGAGGCCGGGCACGCUCCCAGAGAGCAAGGUCAGGAGUUUCCUGACCGACGUGGUGUCGCGGACGACGGACGAAAAGGCGACGCACGACAAACUGCAUGUUCGAGACAAUGAACAAGCUUUGCUUGAGCUCGUCAAGUGUAACUACAACACCCAUGAGGCGCUUGAGCAAUACUGUAGCCACCUAAAAUCCUCGAAAGAAAAAUCUCCUCCGUGGUCCGAAGAGGAGUGCAAAAACUUUGAACAUGCUCUACAGAUGUAUGACAAGAACUUUCACCUCAUUCAGAAACACAAAGUUUCGACAAGAACGGUAGCAGAAUGUGUAGCGUUUUACUACAUGUGGAAGAAGUCGGAGCGUUUCGACUUCUUCGUGCAGCAGAAUCGCUUUGGGAAGAAAAAGUAUAGCAGCUAUCCUGGCGUCACGGACCUGAUGGACAGGCUGGUAGACGAAGCGGAGGGUUUGGCCGUGGACAGUUCGUCGUCUGUGUGCUCGGGAAGUGGCGGCGGUACGGGAGGAAGAAUGGAAAGCACAACGGAUCAACAGCUCAGCCUGCUCAACUCCAUCACUGCCAGUGACCUCACAGCUCUGAGCAACAGCGUGGCAACAGUGUGCAGUCCGGCCGAGGUGACGUGUAUGGACUCAUACAGCUUCCCCCCACUGGAGAGCCUCCACCGCGCCUCCCUCAACCAUGACGAGUCGUUGGGCUUCCCAUCGGGCGGCGCCGAUGCCGACUGCCUCAACAUGCUGGGCGCUGGGUUCUACCACUCGGACCUGGGCCAGCUGAGCGGCGUGUGCGUGGCCAAGGACUGCGAGCGGCCCUCCAAGAGACUCAAGAUGACGGCGCCGGACUCGUUCAUGGGUGACGUCACUGUGGGCAACCUGGCCGUGGACUUUGAAGCGCGCCGGACCGCGCCGCACCACCACCGGAUAGCUGGCGCCAAAAUGGCCGUGUCGGUCACGGACUUCAGCGAGCCCAACAGCUUUUUGGGUGGGCACGCGCGCCACCACGCGCAGCAUGCCACAGCACUUCAAUCUGACUGAUCUUCCUCGUCCUCUUCGUUCUUCCUGUUUUUGCCAUGUACAUAAAAGACUGACCUCAUGUUAUAUAUAUCGCGCUAUAUAUAUAUAUAUGUACAGAAAUAUACUUUUGUUUUCAUUUUUUUGUGUACUAUGACAUCAGUGAUGUCUUUCAUAUAGAACUAAAAAUCUUGAUUUCUCUCAAGAGUUUAUAAUAGCCAUUUUAUGUUUGUCGCCGUGAUAAUGUUCAUGUACAGUGUGGUCAACAUCGCCCUGCCAUUCUCUUCCGCUGCCAAAAUCAUCUUUAGAAGGUGCUUGUUUCAAGUGGUACUUUUUUUUUUAAUCAGUGUUUGGUUUACAGGUACGCAGACACAUUUCUCUGUUGUUACUGAUUUGUGUGGCACUACAUCAUGUCAACUCAUCUCAUUGCCCGUGCAAUUGCAUUUUGUUUUUCAACAACAUAGUUGAAAUGAGAAGUGAUGGAAAACAGUGACAACCAAAUUUUUAAAAGGAUUUAAUGGUGAGAAGGGGAAGAUUGUAAUUGUAAAAAAAGUGAAGACAUUUUACAAAUUAACAGAUUUCUUGCCAUAAUGAAAGGGAUUUAUUAAUUUGGCAAAAAUCAUAAGUAAUUUGCUUUUUGGAGUCAUGCAAAAAUAAUGGGGUGGGUCUCCGUCUCCCUCGCGCGCCUUGAGGCCUGUGAAAAAUUUCUUUUACUUCUAGCACACUACAGUCACAAAUAGCUGAAUGACACUUACGUUGUAAAAAGAAGUGCAGAAUAUGUUGAACUUGGAUUUUGCUAUUGCUGAAAUCCAAUAGUCAGAAAUUAUGUUGGUUACCACUUCUAAUCGGCUAACUGGAGCACUUGUUAAAAUUCAGUUGUAGUUGUUUGUCUUCAUCUGUUAAUCACAGGGUUUGGCAGUGUUAGCAAAAAGUUCAACUGGUGCACUUGAAUGCUUAAAACCAACUUGUAGUUCAUUGUUUUUGUCUUUUUUUUUCCCUUUGGGCUCAAUUUUAGGAUCAAUUUGUCGCCAUUGGUUUGUAAACAGCCUGUCUCCUUCGAAUAUGCUGAUUGUCUUGCAUUCUAACCUCCCUAGUGAUUUAUUGGAAUUGGCCAGUUAAUUUGUCAUUGACCAAAACUCAGCUCUAAUUGGACUUUGUCAGUUUGAUUUGUACAAUAAUCCUUGUUUUUAGUAAUUGGCCAAAAUUUCUAAAUUGUUCUGACGGAAUGACAACAAUGAACUAAAACUGCAUUUUAACCACCAUAUGUUCUUAUUCUGGAGAUUUGUUUGAUUUUUGCCAUAUCACAAUCUCCCAUUUUUAUUCGCCCAGUAUAAAGUAGCCCACAAAGCAAUGUUAGCAUCAAAGAAACAAUGUUGAAACAGCAAAGGUUUUAUUUUUUGCAAUUGCAAUGUUAAGUGACUCAUUUUAUCAUUUUAAGUAUCGACACUUUGUUUCUUGUCACACAUGUCCACAUUCUGUUUUGUUAUUUUGGGUAUUAUUUUCUAAAAAUGUCAGUAUUAACUUUGAUGCCGCAUUGCUAUGUGUGUGUGUGUGUGUGUUUAUGUUGUGCUCGCGGCUGGAAUGUUGGCCGUGUAGCAGAAAGUGGUUUUUGUAGCAUACCAUGUUUUAGCACGGGGGUCUAUACGUAUCUAUGCAUUAUGUGACACAAAAGGUUCAUUUCAGGGGCUGCACCAUGACACUAUGUGUGUGCGCAUAUGUGUGCGUUUGCAGUUCAACACGCACUUGGAGCAAUUCAUUCAUGCUUUCCAUGACAUCAUUGAUGUAAAUAAGAAUUAGCAAGUAGCCUUUAAUAAGUCUAAUGACCUGACCUCUAAUUGUCAAUUUGCGUGCAUACAAAGCUUAUAUUGUUUUAAAAUGGCCAUGUAUUGUAGAUAUGUACAGAGGUUGUUUUUUUUUUCAUCAUUACCUGGGAUUCUUUGGCCUUUUUGUAUUCUAUACAGUGGAACCUCUAAUGUGGAAUGCAAAAAGUUUGGAAACCACAUAAACUGAGAUCUGCCCCUGAUUCAAACUUGUCAAAAAAUCAUUAACUUUUCGGGGCUGCCUUUGGUUAUUUUUACUAAUGUGGCAUUACAAGAAAAAGCAAAGAAAAAAGCCCAAGAUGCUCAGGCACUAAUUUUCUUUUGAAAUGCAAAACGUUGGACUCCAAAUAGAAUUGCUAUUAGGGUGUUGACCAUUAAUUUCACUGUACAGUAUUAUGCCGCCCCCCCCAAGUUAAGUGAAGAGGCUUUGAAAGGCUUCUUCACCCAUCGCAUGCCGGACCCCCAAAUGCCUUGUCGAUUAUUCUGGUUAAAGUAAAAGAAGGGAGAGAGAAAAAAAACUUCCUGUAUUUGUCUCAAUGGUAAAGGGAUGGCUGCUGCUCUUUGGGAGAUAACAUUUUGUACUUUUGUUUUUUGUAUUGGUUAUUUUUUGUCUAAAGAAAAUGCAGUAGGUGGUGCGGUGCAGUGCUAUUUAUUAUUUUACUCUGUGGUUUGUACAAACACUUGUCAGAAUGUAAAAGGCCAUUUUCGAAGUGGUAUUUUUUCCCACCACCCUGUGAACUCUGGAGAAAUGUGAUAUUUUAUUGUGUGUGUGUGUGUAUUUGUGUGUGUGUGUGCGCGCGCGGAAGCCGGCAUGAAGCAAAUCAAAUUUUAUAUUUGUUUUUUUUAAGUCAUUUUACAAAUAAAAGUAAUACCUUUGUGAAUAAAAACUCCUACAGAAGAAAAUAUAUAUCCAGAAUUUUAGACAAUCAAAAAGGCAUCACUAUGAGAAAUGUUCCAGAACAGAAGUUAUCUUUAUUGUUUCUAAGAAUUGUACAUAGACAUUCAGGUUUUUCUUUCUGUUGUCGAUGUUUGCGCUCUCUUCUCACUCAUUUUGUUAAACGUUUUUUGUAUUUUCUGUUGUACUUUAAUACCUUGUGUACAUACAGAUCCAGAAAUAAAAGCUCUGGAAAAAGAG